AUGGCGAACAGGGAUGAGGAGAUACUCGUCGACUCCGGCGAUGAUUACGACUCCCAUUAUGUAGCGACGGACUCCGAGGUAACAUCGAUGCGCAGCAGUAUCGUCGACUAUGUCUACGAAAACGGCCGACGCUACCACGCGUAUCAUGCGGGAUCGUAUUGGGGAUCCAACGACGAGAAGGCAAUUGACGCGAUGGAGAUCUGUCAUCACCUCUACGGCUUGUUGUUGCAUGGCCGAUUGCACCUCGCCCCGAUCAAGAAUCCGCUGCGAGUCCUUGAUGUCGGAACAGGAACUGGCUCCUGGGCCACUGACUUUGCCGAUCUGCACCCUGGAGCAACUGUUAUUGGAACGGAUCUCUCGCCAAUUCAGCCUAGCUUUGUCCCUCCUAAUGUGUAUUUUGAGAUUGACGACUGCUGUGACGAAUGGGUAUACAAAAGCCCAUUUGACUUUAUUCAUGUUCGUGGGCUAUAUGGGUGUGUGGCGGACUGGGGAAAAUUUUAUCAGCAGGCUCUGAAGAACCUUCAUCCCGGUGGAUAUUUGGAACAGGCCGAGAUGAGUGUGACCCCGGUCUCGGACGACGGAAGCACCGCAGGCACGAUAUAUGAAAUCUGGGGCCAGAAAAGUCUCGAAGCGGGAGAUCAAUUCGGCAAGACAUUACGUAUCGUCGACGAGUCUAAGCAGCGGAUGAUUGAUGCUGGGUUUGUGAACGUUUCUGAACACCGGUACAAACUACCCAUCGGCCCCUGGCCAAAAGACCCGCAUCUUAAGACUCUAGGACGGUUCUUUCGCAUCGUCAUGGAGGAAAGUCUGGAGAUGUGGGCUAUGAUGCUCUGGACCAAGAUCCUUGGAUGGUCGAGAGAGGAGGUUGAGGUGAUCUUUGCGAGAAUGCGUGAUGCACUAAAUAAUCCGAGUAUCCACGCAUACCUCGAGAUAUCGGUGGUUUACGGGCAGAAGCCAGAGAUCUAG